AUGUACGCUAGAGCAAUCAGGUUAUCCAGCCAGAGAAGACUGCAUCAUCUUUAUCUCCGCCACCGUUGUUCGAUCUCGGCUGCGAGAGGGUUGGCCACUUCAACGACCCCGAUUGCCACCCCCAAGAAAGACGCCGAUGGCUCUUUGUCGGCAUCGGCAUCGGCAUCGGCAUCGCCACUAAAAGUUGUAUCGCCAACGACCAAACUCGACACGGCAACGGGCCAAAUCCACGUGUCGACUCCGUUGGAGUCGCCAAUACAGCCACCGGAGGGCUCGUCGUUGUCGUUGAAAUCUGCAACUCGCGAUGCCUCCAAGUUCGGCACUAGGCCCAUCUAUCUCGACGUGCAGGCCACAACCCCCGUGGAUCCACGUGUCUUGGACAAGAUGCUUGAGUUUUACACGGGGCUCUAUGGAAACCCCCAUUCUUCCACGCAUGCCUAUGGAUGGGAAACCGAUAAGGCCGUCGAGAGCGCCAGAGAACACAUUGCUAGUGUCAUCAACGCGGACCCCAAGGAGAUCAUCUUCACGAGUGGUGCCACUGAAACAAACAACAUGGCCAUCAAAGGUGUGCCUCGUUUCUACAAAAACACCAAACGCCACAUUAUCACGACUCAGACCGAGCACAAGUGCGUGUUGGACUCGGCUCGGCACAUGCAGGACGAAGGGUUUGAAGUCACCUAUUUGCCGGUCAACAAGGAAGGCUUGAUUGACUUGGAAGACUUGAAAAAAGCAAUACGGAAGGACACGAUCUUGGUGUCGGUGAUGGCCGUGAAUAACGAAAUCGGAGUGAUACAACCGCUCAAGGAAAUCGGCGAAAUCUGCCGCGCCAACAAGGUCUUUUUCCACACUGAUGCCGCGCAGGCAUACGGCAAGAUCCCCAUCGACGUCAAUGAAAUGAAGAUUGACUUGUUGUCGAUCUCGUCGCAUAAAAUCUAUGGACCAAAGGGGAUAGGCGCAUGCUACGUGAGAAGAAGACCAAGAGUCAGAUUAGAUCCAAUCAUUACGGGUGGUGGACAAGAACGUGGGUUAAGGUCAGGCACUUUGGCCCCUCCUUUAGUCGCUGGGUUUGGAGAAGCUGCCCGGUUGAUGAAGCAAGAAGGCGCCUACGACCAGGCACACAUCAAGAAGCUCUCGUCCAAGUUGAGAGAGGGGCUCUUGUCGAUUCCAUCGACCGUGUUGAACGGCUCGACCGACCCAAAAUACCAGUACUCUGGAUGUGUCAAUGUUUCAUUUGCAUACAUCGAGGGAGAAUCGCUUCUUAUGGCGUUGAAGGACAUUGCGCUUUCUUCGGGCUCGGCUUGCACCUCUGCUUCGUUGGAGCCUAGUUACGUCUUGCACGCGUUGGGAGCAGACGAUGCCUUGGCCCAUAGUUCCAUCAGGUUUGGAAUCGGCAGGUUCACCACUACCCAGGAGGUUGACUACGUGAUUCAAGCUAUAAAUGAACGUGUUGAUUUCUUGCGAAAGAUGAGUCCGUUGUGGGAGAUGGUGCAAGAGGGUAUCGAUUUGGACUCAAUCGAAUGGAGCGGCCAUUAG